AAAUUUUUGCUUGUGCAGUCUCUUUUCUGAGAUUGCUCCUGACAAGAUUUUCAAAGCCCUUGGUGGGUUUGUGAGAUUCUAAUCUCACCUUAUAUUGAGUUUCUGCGACCCAUCACUUGGUUUUCACCGAAACCUGCAAGCACAACAAAAAAAAUCCCGUGUUUGUAGGUUCUUAACAGCAUUUGGAGGUUUUGGAUUCUAUAGUUGGAGAAGGGGAUGCAUGUCAAUCUUUUUCUUUUCUGAUACAUUGGGGGAUUGAGGUUUUGCAAAGAUAUUGGUUCCAAUUUGAAUUCCCCAGUUAUUGAGCUCCAUUCUCCUAUAACCCAAAAGGAAAAUAAAAUUUGAGAUUGAUUCAAUGGGCACUACAAACAGUGAAAAUCUGGAAGAGAUUCAGAGUUGUGACAAUGAAGACAUUGAAAAAGCAGGACUUGGGGAGCCAGAGGGGCAGAGCACUAUGGCAUCAUGGACAAGACAAAUCACGAUUAGAGCACUGAUAACUAGCUUCCUCAUUGGUAUCAUUUAUAGUGUGAUUGUGAUGAAGCUGAACCUCACAACCGGGCUUGUUCCCAACCUGAAUGUUUCAGCUGCUCUCCUUGGUUAUGUGCUCAUUCGAGCUUGGACUAUGCUGCUUGAGAAAUCUAAUGUUGUUUCAACACCUUUCACUAGACAGGAAAAUACCCUCAUUCAGACUUGUGCUGUUGCUUGCUAUAGCACUGCUUUCGGAGGUGGUUUUGGGUCCCACCUUUUGGGUUUGAAUAGGAAGACAUAUGAGAGAGUAGGAGCUGAUACACCGGGGAAUACUCCUAUCACCAAGGAGCCUGGAAUUGGAUGGAUGACAGCCUUUCUCUUUGUGACAUACUUCGUCGGACUAUCAGCUUUGGUUCCCCUUAGGAAGAUGAUGAUCAUAGACUACAAAUUGACUUAUCCAAGUGGAACUGCUACAGCCGUUCUUAUAAAUGGGUUCCAUACUCCUAAAGGAGAUGGCAUGGCCAAGAAGCAGGUCCGUGGUUUCAUGAAAUUCUUCUCAUUCAGUUUCCUUUGGUCUUUCUUCCAAUGGUUUUAUUCUGGUGGAGAACAAUGUGGAUUUGUUCAGUUUCCUACUUUUGGAUUGAAAGCAUGGAAAAAUACAUUUUACUUUGACUUCAGCAUGACUUAUGUUGGAGCAGGAAUGAUUUGUUCCCAUCUCGUCAACUUAUCCUUGCUUCUCGGUGCUGUUCUCUCAUGGGGCAUUAUGUGGCCAUUGAUCAGGGGACUAGAAGGACAAUGGUUCCCUAAGAGUUUACCAGAAAGUAGUAUGAAGAGUCUUAAUGGUUAUAAGGUUUUUGUUUCCAUUGCCUUAAUCCUUGGUGACGGAUUAUACAAUUUUUUAAAAAUUAUAGUUUUUACUGCCACAAAUAUUCAUUCCAGCAUGGAAAGGAGGAAUCACAGAUCAGUUUCAAUUUCUGAUAGCCAGAGCCAGCAGCAGCAGCCUCCUGACGAUCUUAAACGGAAUGCAGUGUUUGUGAGAGAAAGCAUUCCAAUAUGGUUAGCAUUUACAGGUUACAUACUGUUCUCUGCCAUUUCUAUCACAAUCAUCCCUUUGAUUUUCCCUGAGGUGAAGUGGUACUAUGUGGUGGUUGCCUAUCUGCUUGCACCCACUCUCAGCUUCUGCAAUGCCUAUGGCUCCGGCUUAACUGACAUGAACAUGGCCUACAACUAUGGGAAGGUGGCUCUCUUUGUGCUCGCUGCCUUGGGCGGUAAAAGCCACGGCGUGGUGGCCGGACUUGUUGGAUGCGGUGUGAUCAAGUCUCUUGUUUCCACCUCAUCUGAUCUGAUGCAGGACUUCAAGACAGGCCAUCUGACCCUCACUUCUCCUCGGUCGAUGCUUGUUAGUCAAGCUAUUGGAACAGCAGUAGGAUGUGUGAUUGGUCCUCUCACAUUCUUCCUUUUCUACAAGGCUUUUGAUGUGGGGAAUCCAUAUGGUGAAUACAAAGCACCAUAUGCCAUCAUAUAUAGAAACAUGGCAAUUCUUGGUGUUGAAGGCUUUUCUGCUCUCCCACGCCACUGCUUGCAGCUCUGCUGUGGGUUCUUUGCAUUUGCUGUUGCAGCCAACUUGGUGAGAGAUUUGAGCCCCCAAAGCAUUGGGAGAUGGAUUCCACUUCCAAUGGCAAUGGCUGUGCCCUUUGUGGUAGGUGGAUACUUUGCAAUUGACAUGUGUAUGGGUAGUUUGCUUGUGUAUUUGUGGCACACACUGAAAAGAAAUGAUGCAAGUUUGAUGAUACCAGCUGUGGCUUCUGGUUUGAUUUGUGGAGAUGGACUCUGGAUUCUCCCUUCUUCUGUUCUUGCUUUGUUUAAGGUUCAGCCCCCAAUCUGUAUGAGAUUCUUGUCAAACAAGUAGAACUUCACUUGCAGAGAUGUAGUCAAAUUAUGUGAAUCACACACAUAAUUAGUCUAGGACUUUAGAUGCAUAGGGAAGAAUAAGUUUGAAAAUGUUAGACAAAUGUUGGAGACAGAUUUUUGGCAUUUGAACAGAGUGAAUAACCCAAAUCGUAUAAACUUCCCAUCACACCAUGUAAUUGAUGUAAAUAGCUUUGUUAGCCUUCUCAUAGUGUUAAUGAUCUUAGAAACUCUCAAAACUAUGCCUAUGACUCUAAUUUAUUGGUUUUACCAAUAACAUUGCGCAUGAGUUUUUUU